AUGUUCAUAUCUGGAGUGGAGGCCCCGAGGCUGUUCCUGAGAACGAGACACCAUCCCCAUUCCUUUCGCACACUCAUGUCAAGUCUCCCUCUGGCUCCAGGAGAAGUGGAGGUGGUGGGAGAGAGGGUCCACCAGCUGAGAGUGACCUGGACUCCUCCCUUCUCUCUACCAGGAGAGCUCAUCUCCUACUCUCUUCUGAUCUCAGAGAGACAGGCAUUAGACUGCCACCGCUACUCCUUCUCUGCCUUCUCUCUCAAUGAUGUCGGUCUCUCUCUCAACUCCUCCUCCUCUACUCCUGCCUUACAUCCCUCUGCUCCAGGUCCGCUAGGGGCAGUAACAACUGAAGUCUCUCACAACAGCCAACAGCUCUCUGACUCCAGAGCUGUUCUCAGACUUUCCUUCCAGAGGCCCGAGUCCUGUUUCCCUCUCAACUACACCCUGACCCUCUCUGAGGAGGGAGGACCAGAGGAGGUGAUAGCAGUCCAGGUGACUGGGUCAGAGUCAGCGAUGGUGGCUGAGGUGACUGGUCUGAAGGAGAACUCUCACUACUCAGCUACGCUGUCUGCCAGCAACCAUUUCCAGUUCUCCAUGGAUGAUCCCGUGACAACAGAGGUCUCAUUUGUCACCUCAGGUCUCCAGAGUGUGGCAGUGUUCCACUAUGUCAAUGGGACAGCCAGGAUCACAUGUGUCUUUGCCACCGGCUCUCUCUCCUCUGGCUGCCUGGUGUCUCUGGUUCUGGACAGCUCCACUACCACUAACAUCAGCAUCGACAGGGAAGAGGGAGCAGUGGAGGUGGUUCGUUAUUCCUCAAUUGGAGGGGUUCCCCAGUCAGUGACAGGCAGGGAUCUGGGAGUUGACAAUCCACUAGAGGUCCGUGGUGAGGUCUCUGAUGAAGGAGAUCCAACCCCCACCACUGAUGAGACUGACGUCACCAGUCAUGCAUCUCACACACUGUACCCAGACACACCAGUCACCAGCUCACCACCAAGUGCCACACCCACCUCAGACCCGACUACUGAACCUUCUUCCUCGACCUCUGACCUCACUGGUCUGCUGCAGUGGGUCAUACCAGCCGGAGUGGGCGUGGCAGUUCUGGCUCUCUGUGUCAUGUUUGUUGGAUUCUGUGUCUGCUGCAGACAGUCCUCCAAGCACCGAAUGAGGAGACACAGUACUCUACCACGAAGACUCCCUGUCCCCCACUCCCCUGCCUCCCCAGCAUAUUCCCAUGACUACAAGCAAGUACCUCCCCCUCACGUCUCGGGAACCAUCAAAGAAAUGAGCUUCACACCCCACUCUAUGGUCGCUGCCUCUCGCAGGGCCGCCAAACUUGCUGCCAACCCCAAGUACGGAGCUGUGGGCGGAGCAAACGGAGCCACACCCAACCCACAGUAUGGGGCCCCGCCCAGCCAGCAGGUGACGAGACAGAGUAACGAGGAGCACAUGUAUGCAUCUCUCAAGGACCCGAGGCAGCUGUUGCCCACACAGACACAGAGUCUCCAGUAUGCCCAGCCUUACGAACAUGUGGCGUCGUCUCAUGCCCCACCCCCUUCAGAGGGUGUGGCUGCACCUUAUGCCCUGCCCUCUCCAGGAGGUGUGGCUAUCCCUCCAGGGGGUGUGGUCAUCCUGACUGACGACAAUGUUUCGUACAACGCAUCACCACCUCUCUCUUCAGUUGACUCUCCUCACAAAUCACCUUAGAACUGUCUUCUGUGAACAUUUUUAUUGUAUCGUAGGCUUUUCAAAAUUAUUGGGUGUAAAACCACUUUCUUUAUAAUUAUUGUUAUAAGUAAAAUUACGAUCUCAAGAAGUACGCUAUACUCAACUAAUCCAGGUUUAAUUCUCACCAUUUUUUCGUCAUGCAGGAAGUAUAACUUCCAUUUGUUGUGGAAAAUGUAUGGCC